AUGGGUGGAAAAAUCUGGAGUGUGGAGGAGGAGCAGAUCUUCUGGAAGGACUUGAUCCCUCAUUCUCCCAAGCGCCUCGACGAGGACUUUCACAACAACAAGGAGAAGCCUUGGGCUUGGGUGGCGGCCGAGAUGAGCAAGCGCGUGACCGUGCCCCGCCGCAAGUAUACUGGCCUCGGCGUUUACGAGCAUUACUUCCUGAACGCUUACCAGGCCCGGUUCUCGCCGAACGUCGGCCAGCUGGCCGUUCCGUACUGGCGUUUCGAACAAUCGCUCAAGAAGAAGCAGAAGAAAAAGACCAUCGAGAAGAAGCGUCUCGAGAACGAGGAGCAGGGCGAGCAGUCGCAGGCUCCCUCCGCCGAGGAGGGCAACAACACUGCGACUGGCUCAUUCGAUUCGCCGAUUGCCAUCGAUUGUCAGUUCGUCAAGGCCCGGCUCUGUCAGUACCCCACGCACCGGCCCUGUCUCGAUUCUUCCCUGCCCCAGCCCUACCAUGGUUCUUCCCUACCCGCGCCCAUCGGGUUCGCGGUCUCCUCGGCGAUCCCGAAUCCUGUUCCCCACGGCGCCAUGCACUCCCAAUAUCACUCCGACAACAACGAGUUCGCAGCUAACCAUGAUCAUCUGGAGAGCACAGAAGUCGAGGAUGAAGGCCUCUUCGUGAACCAGUCUGCCGCUGACUGUGUGAACGCCAUGGCUCCCUGGAGCCCUAGCUACCCCCAGCAGUGAAACAGCAUCGGUCACGGGCCUUCGGCAAGGGCACAUGGUCCUUUUUUCGGUAGGCGGAUCGGGAAAGGGACAAAGUCAAGUUCAGCACUGGUCACCGCGGGCGAUGGGUGAAGAUGUC